AUGAGACUUCAAUUUCUACUUCUUCGAGCUCUGGCCCUUGUGCUAUGCUAUAUCCAGUUGGUGUUUGCCGUUGGUUCCAGCUAUCAACUGGUUGAACAUCUAGACAAGGUACCGGAUGGCUGGUCAAGAGUGGAUAGACCCUUGGUGUCUAAACUUAUAAAAUUCCGACUAGCGAUUACCCAGAAUAACGCCGGAGAGUUCGAGCAAAAGGUCAUAGAGCUCUCAACCCCAGGCCACGCGAGCUACGGUCAACAUAUGAAACGCGAUGAAGUGAAGCAAUUAUUGGGCCCAUCACCUGCCAUUUCAGAUAAGAUUAUCGCAUGGCUGCGAUCAGAAAAUGUUCCAGCCAGUUCCAUCAACUUGGAUGGCCAUUGGAUCUCGUUCACAGUUCCAAUUUCUCAGGCCGAGCAGAUGAUGAAAACACAGUUUUUCUACUUUAAUCAACAAGACCAGCAAAGCGUCAUCAUCCGAACUCUUGGAUAUUCCGUGCCUAGGGCCUUACACCCCUAUAUCCAAUUGAUUCAGCCUACAACUCUAUUCGGCAACCUCGUACCUCAAAGAAGCUCCAUUUUCGAACCGAAGACAGCGACUUCUGAGCAGCUAGCCGCUGGAUGCGAUACAACUAUCACAUCAGAUUGUCUUCGGAACCUGUAUGGAAUCGAUAACACAACCACCAGACCCGAAUGGCGGAAUCGACUGGGAAUAUCUGGUUUCCUGGAACAAUAUGCUCGCCACGCUGAUUUCGAUGAGUUUUUGCGUCAUUAUGCCCAAAGCCACACAGACGCAAAUUUCAGUGUCGCCUCGAUCAAUGGCGGCCAGGAUGACCAACACUCCAUGUCUGAUAGUGUCGAAGCAAAUCUAGACGUACAGUACUCCAUUCCGCUGGCGGAUGAAGUGCUAGCAACAUUUUAUAGCACCGGGGGACGUGGCCCUGUUAUCCCCGAAAUAACUCAUCCAGACCCUACUGUAUCGUCCAACGAGCCAUAUCUUGAACAGCUGCAUUACCUCUUGAAUCUCCCAGAUGAAGAGCUCCCCGCGGUGCUUUCCAACUCAUAUGGAGAAAAUGAGCAGAGUCUUCCACCGUCGUAUUUAAACGCAACUUGCAGCUUAUUUGCCCAGCUCGGUGCCCGGGGUGUUUCAAUAAUUUUCGGUAGCGGGGAUGCUGGUCCGGGAAGUGCUUGUGUGAGAAACGACGGGACGAAUCAAACCAGGUUUCUUCCCGGAUAUCCAGCGUCUUGCCCGUUUGUUACCUCUGUGGGUGGAACAUACGGCAUUAACCCCGAAAGAGCGGUUUCCUUCUCUGGGGGUGGGUUUUCAGAGGUGUUCGCCCGUCCCCAAUACCAGGACCAGGCAGUGAAAGGAUACCUUCGUCAUCUUGGAAGGCGAUGGAAUGGACUGUACAAUGCUACGGGAAGAGGGUAUCCCGAUGUAUCAGCCCAAGCCGCGAAUUUCAUUGUUCGAGACCAUGGCGAGUGGAUCUCGGUCGGCGGUACAAGUGCUUCAACGCCAGUAGUUGCAGCGGUGGUUUCUCGGCUCAACUCUGUCCGUAUUGCCCAGGGUAAGCCUCGAAUGGGCUUCCUGAACCUCUGGCUUUAUAGCCACGGGCAAACAGGGCUCAAGGAUAUUGUUCUGGGCAGCUCCUCGGGCUGUAAACGGAAUCCUGGCGAUUCUCGGGUACGGAAUGCAAGUUGGGAUGCCACCGUAGGGUGGGAUCCGGUGACAGGGCUAGGAACGCCCUUAUUUCCUACACUUGUGAAAUUGGCACUGUCAGAUGACCAUGUGUAG